AUGUUUGUGAACUGUUCAGGAGUCCAUGCUUUGGUGUCAAAUCUAACAUUUCCCCCUGAUGCAGAACACUUGGACCUUUCUCACAACAACUUGUAUUCUAUUCCUUGGAAAUCUCUAAGUUUCCUGUGGAAGUUGCAGGUUCUCCUUUUGAGCAGCAACUCCAUCCACAAAGUUGGAGAAAGAACAUUCAUUUCAUUGGGCAGACUCCACAAGCUUGAUAUUGGUAGAAAUGAUAUCUCGUUUCUUGGCAACAGUUUUUCAGUGGGUCUUAUUUCUCUCUAUGAACUUAUUUUGGCUUACAAUAAACUGCAGGAGCUACAGUACAAAAGUUUUCAGUACUUUGAAAACCUUCAGAAGCUGAAUUUGCAAAAUAAUAACAUUUCCUCCAUAGAAAUGGGGACUUUCCGCAGUCUUACUUGCUUGAGGCAACUUUAUCUUCAGAACAAUUGCCUUCAUGCCCUACAUACUAGAUUAUUUUCUAUGCUGCAACACUUAGAGAUCCUGAACUUGGAGGGUAAUAUGAUAAAAACUAUUUCUCCUGGAGCCUUUAUUCCAUUAAGCCACCUUACAAUACUUAACUUGAUCCACAAUAAAAUUGAGCAUAUUAAAUUCAAAACAUUAUUAUCUUUGCAAACCCCUGGAACUCACAUCUUACUCUCAGACAAUCCCUGGUUCUGUGACUGUGAUCUUCAGAGAGUUUUUGCAAAACUGCACAGUGUCAGGAGGCUGAUCUUGGAUGAUUACUAUAACAUGACAUGCAUGGAGCCCCAUCUCUUGAGAAACCUGCCUCUGUCAGCUGUAGAUACGGAACUUUGUAUUGCUGAGACAGUGACUGUUCUUGUCAUAACUUUUACCGUAUUUGUAACUGUUGUAGCUGCCAUUGUAAUGGCUGAAAGGAACAGGAAGAAAAGGGCUGAGAAACCCUGGAGUGAGGAUAGUGACGUUUCUUACAAUGCUCAAAACUGA